CCAUAAAUCCUAAUAAACAAUUCCAAACACAAAAAUCUUUCUCUCUCUUCGUUUGCUUUACAAGAAAGAAAACAAGAUAACGUGCUCACUCGUCCACACGAACAGAGUCAAGUCAAUGCAGCUGUUAUCUCCCCGUGGAUCUGAGUCUUUUCUUUCUGAAUUUUGCUCUAUGGUUGAUAGGGCUAAGGGGAGACAAUUGUGUUUGUUGAUCAAUGCUGAGAACAGACAUCCUGGGAAUUCAGGGCUGGAUGGAUGUUGUUUUUGUCUGUUUUAGAUAACUGUUGAAGAGACAGAUUGGUGAAUCUCAGUCCAUAAUAUGUAUAGAUCAUUUGUCACAUGUGACGAUCCGAAAGGGAUUGUAGAAUGUGGAAGAAUAAGAAGAUACAAAAGUCGUCCAGAAAGAAUGGAGCCUAAGAUAGAAAGAGGAGAAUCAAAGAAGAAAGCAAACGCGUCUUUGCCGCGUAAGAUGGAGAAAGAAGAGAUGGUUUCUAAAGGUAGAUUAGAAGAAUACCGUUCUCCUUCUUCCUUUGAGCUGUUGCAGGUCUCCAGAGGAGCUCAGAAGCUGAAUCAGGUAAUUGAUUCAUGGUCCAAGGGGAACAGAUAUGAUGGGAAUUCUGAAGAUAUGGCGAAGAAUUUGUUAAAAGGAGCUCUUAAUUUGCAAGAGUCUUUGCAUAUGCUUGGGAGACUGCAAGAAGCAUCUCAGUGUCUGUCUGGGUUGAAGAAGGAGAAGGGAAAAUCUAAUGGAUUAAGGAUGAGUGAAGUGACUGAAAUUGUGGAUUCCCGUUCUAUUAGAUCUGAGGAGAAUUACCAUAUGGGGUUUCAGAAUCCGCAGCUUUCUGCUGAUGGUUCCUUGAGAGAUUCCAUUGAAGAGCUUAAGAAGGUGAUAAGAGAAAGCCUAGCUCAGCAGAAUCUAGCGCCAGGCAUAAAUACUGAAGAAAGUGCCUACUUCAGGUUCAGGGGAAGAAACCCGGAUUCAGCUUUGGAUAUCCCCUCCACGAGCUCAAGCCAGUCUUCGAUGGUUCAAACCAGCAACUUUAGUUACACUAACUCACCCAUUUCAUCAACAACUUCAGAGAAGAAGGCAAAGGGAUUGAAUUUGGUUGCAAAACUUAUGGGUUUAGAGGAAUUUCCUUUAAAACCAUUGCAGACCGCCUCCAAACAGCUAGAGAGCGAGAAGAUUUUCAAUCAGCAGAGGCCUGCCUUUGAUAUGGAUAUGCCAAGGGCAAGGAAGCCUCCAUUUCUAGUUCAAAAGAAAGGUUCUGAGCAAAGGUCGCUACAGGAGAUUCUUGAAACUAUGCAUUUUAAAGGCCUUUUAAAAAAAAAUUCCUUCAAAGAGCCCAGUUCUCAUUCCCAUGAUCCCUUUUGCAGACAGAGGUUGCUCAACAAUAGCACGCCUAUUGUCCUCAUAACCCCUCUACGUGAUCCAUGGUCACAAGUACAGAAGCCUUCUGUACCUGCUUCUGGGGAGGAGAGAGCCCUGAACAAGGAAACUAUGCUCAAGAAACAGAGAGCUAAAACGGAGAUUCCAACCGGAAUAAUUAACUGCGAAGAAGGGGGUUCAAACUCUGACAGAUUGAGUAGCAGAGAGGUAGCUGAAGAGGCUCUGACAAAGGGGCUCAGCCAAGCAAGAGUUAAAGACAGCAGAAUGACAAGGACUAGAUUGGAUGAACAUGAAGUUCAGACCAGACAGAAGUUUUCAAGUCAAAUGAAAACUUCUGGUUCAGUAACUCAGCAUCCUGAGAAGAAACAGGUGAUUGAAAAGAAAUCUGCGAAGGUUCAGAAGCUUGGAACAACUAGCGGGAAGCCAGUGGAGAAAGAUAUUAUAAAAGCCAAAACUUUUUCAAGAUAUCAAGAACAAGCUAAGGUGACCACCAUAAAGCCCUGUAAACUUGGAAAUGGCCUCAAUGUUACAAAGAAGAGAAAUUCUUGGACACCAAGUACUGCCUCAAACUCCAUCUCAACUGGCAGAACACAAGCUAUUGUUCAUGGUAACAGUGAAAAGAAAAAGAGUCCAGCGAAAAAGGAAAAGCCAGUUAGCAAGCCUAAAGCAGCUAAAGUGAAUACACAGAAUUUAGGACAUGAAGGAGAUGACAAGAGGAUUAAUCUUACAACAGAACAUGAGUCCGUUUUAGUUGAAGAAGGAACUAAGGCUGCAGCUCAAAAGUCUACGGAGGGAACAGAAUCCCCUGAAAAUCAAAUUGGAGAGCACUGCAAUGAUGACCAGAGUUCUAUUUCUGAAAUUAUGCCACUGACUACUGAAAGUGAGAGUGAGACUAAAUCUAGCGAAGUUGAUGAUCAGCUCAGUCUACACAAAAUAGAUGGUAAAAGCUUCACAAGUGGAAGCACACUAGAAGCUUUGCUUUUGAGCAAUCCAGAAUUUCUAAGUCAUGCAAAGGAGCUCUUUGAUCUUAAUAUGAAUGCUCCUAACACCAUACAGAUACAUAGAACCACUGAUUCUACAGAUACUCAAGAAAGACUAUCGCAUGAUGGUGCAAAUGAAAUUAUUCAAUGCAGAGGAGAUUCUCAAAUGACCCAUCCCUUGUCACCCAACCUGGUUAGAUUGAUGAGAAUACACAUCUCACCAGAUCAAUUAUUGGAUGAGGUGUGUUAUGGGAUUGAGAUGCUGAAAUGCUAUUCUGAACUAGCCAGUAAGAACAAUCCUACAGAUAACCUUCAUGCACUGUUGGAAAGAGAUAUAAAGCACAAAGAGGUGUCAACUGGAAUGUGGGAUUUGGGUUGGAGGAACGGAUUUUCAAUGGAUGACAUAGCGCAUAUUGUGAAUGACAUAGAGACACGACUGCUAACCACAUUAGUUGAGGAGAUAGUUGCAUAAAGUUCUGCUUCAGUAAAUUAUUUUGUGGUUCUACUGAUAUGAAGAUUCGUUCAAGAAGUAGGUGUUACAAUCUUCAGUACAUUAGCAUACUUCUGGUUUUCAUAAUUGUAAGUGAAUGCUAGAAUAGUUAGUUGAGGCCUCGUUGUUAUUUUGAGCACCAAGAUUAACUAGAAAGGUCUGAUGAACAAGUAGGAUUGAGAUUUGAGAGUUACAUUCCAAAUGUGAAAUUAUUUGCCUAGUACUAAACAUGUAAACAAAAUUUCUGAUGCACAUAUUGGUUAAGACCAGGCAGCUAGGUGUAUUGAGAAGUGUUGGAUGUAAAAGGAAAUUUGUGUAUAAGAGAACCUUUCCUUUUUGUUUUCUCUUCACUCAUAUCUUUUUCCUUUCAGUCAAAGGAAGCAAAAGACAGGACAGCCUCAUCAGACAUGAUUUAUUAUGUAUGAGGUCAACAAAAAUGUUAGAUAUUA